AUGGAUACCUUCGCCAAAGACGGUUUCCCUAAACCGAUCGAUGGAAUCGACAGCUGUUGGGAUAUUUUCCGCACGGCUGUUGAAAAAUAUCCAAACAAUCGAAUGCUUGGUCAACGUGAGAUUGUGAACGGGAAGGCAGGAAAAUACGUGUGGAAAACAUACAAAGAAGUACAUGACAUUGUCAUAAAACUUGGAAACUCUCUCCGUAGCUGCGGGGUUGAAGAGGGAGGAAAAUGUGGUAUUUUUGGUGCAAAUUGCCCUGAGUGGAUCAUAAGCAUGGAGGCCUGUAAUGCACAUGGUCUCUAUUGUGUACCUUUAUACGAUACAUUAGGCGCUGGUGCCGUGGAGUUCAUUAUUUCGCACGCAGAAGUUUCAAUUGCUUUUGUGGAGGAGAAAAAGAUCUCUGAGCUCUUUAAGACAUGUCCAAAUUCCACAAACGGAACAACUGGUGACCCCAAGGGAGUUCUGAUUUCAAACGAAAGCAUUGUUACUAUAACAACAGGAGUGAUGGAGUUCCUACAGAGUGUUAACGAAACCCUAUCUGAGAAGGAUGUAUACAUCUCUUAUCUUCCUCUUGCACACGUCUUUGAUCGGGUUAUAGAAGAGUGUAUUAUUCAAGUAGGUGGUUCAAUCGGUUUCUGGCGCGGGGAUGUUAAGUUGUUGAUUGAAGACCUUGGUGAACUAAAACCAACUAUCUUUUGCGCUGUUCCUCGUGUCCUAGAUCGAGUAUACACAGGGCUUCAGCAGAAACUAUCAAUUGGAGGUUUCUUCAAAAAGAAGGUUUUCAAUGUUGCCUUUUCCUAUAAAUUUGGAAAUAUGAAAAAGGGUCAGUCUCAUGUAGCAGCCGCUCCAUUCUGUGACAAACUUGUCUUCAACAAGGUUAAACAAGGACUCGGAGGCAAUGUGAGGAUUAUUCUAUCUGGAGCUGCUCCUCUCGCUAGUCACAUUGAGUCAUUUCUUAGAGUUGUGGCAUGUUGUCAUGUUCUUCAAGGAUAUGGUUUAACUGAGAGCUGUGCUGGUACUUUUGUCACAUUCCCUGAUGAACUAGACAUGCUUGGAACAGUUGGUCCACCUGUACCAAACGUUGAUAUACGCCUAGAAUCUGUACCGGACAUGGAAUACGAUGCUCUUGGAAGUACACCGCGUGGCGAAAUCUGCAUCCGUGGGAAAACUCUGUUCUCUGGAUACCACAAACGUGAGGACCUCACGAAAGAGGUUCUUGUCGAUGGAUGGUUUCACACUGGUGAUGUUGGUGAGUGGCAACCAGAUGGUAGCAUGAAGAUUAUUGACCGGAAGAAGAACAUCUUCAAACUUGCCCAAGGAGAGUACGUUGCAGUUGAGAGUUUAGAAAAUGUAUAUGGUCAAGAAGAAGCCAUUGAUUCUAUAUGGGUGUAUGGGAACAGCUUUGAGUCCUUCCUAAUCGCAGUAGCUAACCCGACUCAGCAAACUCUUGAACGAUGGGCUGUAGAGAACGGAGUGAAUGGAGAUUUCAACUCCAUUUGUCAAAACGAAAAGGCAAAAGCAUUCAUACUUGGAGAACUCGUUAAGACAGCCAAAGAGAGAAAGUUAAGGGGUUUUGAGAUUAUUAAAGCUGUUCAUUUGGAACCGGUGGCUUUCGACAUUGAAAGAGAUCUUCUUACACCAACCUACAAAAAGAAGAGGCCUCAGUUACUUAAAUACUAUCAGAAUGUGAUUGAUGAAAUGUACAAGACUACAAAGGAAGGUCUAGCUUCAGGACAGCAUGACUUUCUUCAUUAA